AUGGGGUCUGGCAUGUGCUCGAGAAGGCAAAAGGGGCUCUUGCAAACCGGCUUCUGCCUGGUGGCGGUGGCUUGUUUGGGCGCCGGAGUUUUCAUGUACAGCCACUUGCAGCAGAAGGCGAAGGACGCCGAAGCCCUGGCUCUGAAAUUCAAACAGCAGCAGGAAGCUCUGUCCGCCCAGCUACAAGUUGUGUACGAGCACAGAUCGCGGCUUGAACGAUCCCUGCAGAAAGAGCGAGGGGAGCACAAGAAGACUAAAGAAGAUUUUUUGGUGUAUAAAUUAGAAGCUCAAGAGGCACUCAACAAAGAGAAGCAAGAUUCUAUGAACAGAUAUGGGGCCCUCAGUUCACAGCAUAAGAUACUGAAGAACCAGCACGAAGACGUCAAGAAACAGCUGCUCGACCUGCAGCUGCAGCACAACAGCUUGAAACUAGAGCAUCGCAAGACGGUGGAGACCCACAGCCAGAAAUACGCGCAGCUGCAGCGGGAGAAGGAGAGUGAAGUCACAGGCUUGCAGGAUACCGUCUUCAAACUCCGAGAGGAGAGCAAGCUUCUCCGGCAGGCCCACCAGGAUGUCCACUCUCAGCUCCUCGAUGCUCAGACCCAGAUGGAGGAGUUCAGGCAGCUCAAGGAAGCUCUGCAGAAGAUGCCAAGUUUCAAGGAAGUAGGACCUGCGAAGGGGCAAGAGCAGCUCCAGGCACUGAAGGAACAGCCCCCGGUGCCGGGCAGCAACCAUUUACAGUUCUCUAGGCAGAAGGUGUUUGCAGCCAAUGGGGCCAAAAUGCUGCUGAGCUCCGUGGAUCAGGAGAAGCCCCCUGGUGGGAGCCUGAUGAGACCACAGAUCUCUGGGGUCAGGAGCCAGGGAGAGGGGACUUUGCCCCAAGGCCAGACCUCACAUAAUAGUGAUGGCCCCAGGCCUCAGAGCGAUGUGCUGUUUGCCCAUCCGGCCCCACUGCAGGAAGCCAAUCCACCACCAGCAGCCCUGCCUGCCCGGCCGCAGGGACAUGGGGACAGCCCUGUGAUCCGAUUCACACGGACAGUGAACAGUGUGCAGAAUGGGAACUCGGAUCACAAGGUGGUGGUGAGCAUUCAGGGGAAAACCAGUGAGGAAAACCGUGCUCCCAGAGGGGUGGUGCCUAAUCUGAAACGCCCAUCUACGUUGGAGAAGGAGGCAGCUCCAGCCAACCAUCCCUCGGCAGGGAACAAACCGGCGCAGAUGCAAAGCUGGCAAGACAUUGUUAACAAAGUGAAUGCCCGAAUGGAUGAGGAACAAGUGCACGGUCACCCAAAGCACCUUCACUUUGACACCAGAUCUGAGCAGAAUGGCAAUCUGUUGUUGGCCAAUCAACAAAGAGGGGCAGAGCAUCCGAUAGCCAAUCGGGAAGGAGACAAGGAAGGGACCGAUGAUGAGGAACUCGAGAUGGAUGCUGGGAUGAUCGAAAGAGAAGAGAAUAUGCACACGCAAAAAGAGGCGGUGGUCCAGGAGCCAAUGAUGCCUGAUGAUGCUGCAGACCCUGCUCAGGACCCCAAUAACCAAGGGGAAGAUGAGUUUGAGGAGGCCGAGCUGGAGAGGCCGGAUUUUGAGGAGAAGAUGGUCCAAUCAGACAAAUACAAGGACCCCAGCGUGCUAGGGAAAGAGGAGACAAAGAAGCCGCUGAAGGGUGCCGCUGGGCCAGACAAAGCCAGGGAAGAGCCAAUGGAUGACUACCAAGAAGAUCAGGAGCAAGAAAUUGAGGAUCAUGGAGGGGAGGUGGACGAUAACGACGACCUGGAGCUAGUGCAGGAGCACAAGGACCGUGGGGGCGUCCCAGGAGCUGAGAGCAAGAAGGACGAUUACUACUGA